CAAUGAGAUGUGCUCUCUGAGGGUGGAGUCUAUGGACAUUUAAUCAAGUUUGUGCGCCGCGGAGCACAGCGACAAAACAGUUUACAACAAGACUGCGUACAUUUUGCGGAGCAGUUUGAGGCUGGUAAAAGGAAAUUAGAGCCAUGGUUAAAGAUCCUAGUAAGCCCAGAGGAAAGACGUCUUCUUAUGCAUUCUUUGUGCAAACAUGCCGGGAGGAACAUAAGAAAAAGAACCCCGGGACUUCUGUCAACUUUUCAGAGUUCUCUAAGAAGUGCUCUGAAAGAUGGAAGGCCGUGUCUGCUAAAGAAAAGGGGAAAUUUGAAGAAAUGGCCAAAAAUGACAAGGUCCGCUAUGAACGGGAAAUGAAAAGCUAUGUGCCUCCUAAAGGUGCAAAAGGAGGGAGAAAGAAGAAAGACCCAAAUGCUCCUAAGAGACCUCCAUCUGCUUUUUUUGUCUUCUGUUCUGAGCAUCGUCCCAAGGUAAAGAAUGACAACCCUGGCAUUUCUAUUGGUGAUAUUGCAAAGAAGCUUGGUGAGAUGUGGUCCAAGCUUUCACCAAAGGAAAAGUCUCCUUUUGAACAGAAGGCAAUGAAGUUCAAGGAGAAGUAUGAGAAGGACGUUGCUGCAUAUCGUGCCAAAGGUGUUAAAGCAGAUGGUGGCAAAAAAGGGGGACCAGGACGGCCAGCAGGGAAGAAAGCAGCGGCUGCAGAUGAUGAUGAUGACGAAGAGGAGGAUGAAGAAGAAGAAGAGGAUGAUGAGGAGGAGGAAGAUGAUGAUGAUGAUGAUUAAACUAUCAGGAAAACUUGAGGAGUUAUUUGCAAAAACAAUGUGAAUGCAUUUUUUUUAGCAUUUAAAUUUUCAAAACAUGUACAGAAAUGUGUAUAAUUGAAUACAUAUUGCAGUCAUGUGCUGUUUUGUAAGGGUAACUGCUUUUUAAGCACUGCUUUUUGUCUGAUAGCUGUGGUGUUUGGUUUAUCUUUCCCGGUUUCAUAUGAUUUCUACUUCCAUUUUAAUGAGAAACAAAUGGAUUUCCGUAGUGUCUCAUUUUUAAACUGUGCUUUAAAGUUGUGUAGACUGAAGUUUUUUUUUAUUAUUAAAAAUUGUAUAUUGUGACCAGUC